AUGGCCGCGCGACAAGUGGCAGUGCUUCUUCUCGCUUUAGCGGCCUCACUUUUAGUUACUUGUGAAGCGGGGAAGUAUAACGGUCAGCAGCAGCUCGCCGCGAUUCGCGGAGCGCUCAAAUCCAAGAAUUGCAAAACAUUUGACGGUUACCUUGAAUCGACCGGCUUUAUUAAGAGCCUUCUGCCGGUUCUUAACGACUGGAACGUGACGGUUCUCGCGCCGCUCGAUUCUGCCUGGAAAACGGAUUCCGCGAAAAAGGACAUGGCGGACAAGAAGAAGGCCCCGCAGAUCAUUGGUUACCACUUUCUCGUCGGCCGUCGAGCGUUCAAGGAGAUGCUCCGUUACAAGACCGGCACUCAGAUGGUGGCUCUUAAUUAUCAAAUGAAGAUGUUGAAUGUACGUGCGCCGUCAGGAGUGGUGCGCUUGGGGGCGUCCGUCGGAGCCAAGUACACGGGAAAAAUUGUGAAGCCAGGCUUAUUCACUGGAAAGAUCAAUAUAGUGCAUGGCGUUGACACCGUGAUUCGCCCGCCGUGGUACCAGGGGGUCAAGUGA